AAAAAAGGUAGGCUAUGGGCCACAGCUAUCACCCAAUUCUCCUGCUUUUGGCCAAAGAAGCCAACCAGAAGGGGAGAGAAAGCAAGGAAAGAGAAGGCUUUAAUGGAUUCUAUCACCUUCCAUUCUUUUAUAAAGAUUAAAUUGGUCUGCCACUUCUUAGUUAGUUGUUCAUACUUUAUUCUAAUCCUUUCUUCUCUUCAUUUUGCUGUGAUUCCAGCUUCUGGACGUAAGAACAGGAAAGGGUAGGGUUUGCAGAUUUCUACUUCCAAGAUCAGAUCAGCAGAAAGAAAAUGCAAGGGAAUAAUAGUUUUGAAGUUAAUGUCUUCUUAUUGCGAUCUUAAGGACCUAAAGCUUGAGGUUUCUAGAUUGGGAUGGCUGGCACAGUUUCGAUCUUCCGGAUUGUUAGAUGCCCAAAAUGUUCCAAGCUUCUCACAGAAUUUGCUGAUAUUCCUGUUUACAAAUGUGGUGCUUGUAGUGCAGUGCUCCAUGCUAAAGGUUCUGGUGUGACUAGAAAGAGUGCCACCUCAAGAUCUGGCAGUAAAUCCAGUAAUACUCCGUUGCACAGUUCAGAGCAGCCAGUCCUUCCCUCUUCAAACUUGUGCUCUUUGCCUUCCUCAAAUAAUGAGAGUAUUUUUUAUGAAAAAGCACUCUCCAUCACUCAUGCAGAUAGGGAUGAAACAUCGUCAUUUCAUCUUAAAUGGAAACAAAAUGAAAGCCCUGAUAAAAAUAUGAAAUUUCUCCAUAAAGAUGAAGAAAAUGGAAACCAGCUGAGACCUGCUCAAUUUAGCUUUGAUAACUCAAAGUCGCAAGAUCAGCUAAAAUCAUCUUCAACUGCUCUCAAUUUUACUUCUACUUUGGGCAAUGUUUCAACCGAUUUAAAAUCACAGACUAAUAGAAGGUCAUAUGCUUAUGAGGCUAGCAUCUCUUCAAUUGAUGAUGCUUCUGUUGAUCAUAUUCUCAAUAAGAAUCACUUGAUGUCUAUGAGAACUUUCAGACUUCAAAGGUUUUCAAAAUUAGUCAGUAACAUAUCAAAGGAAGGAGAAGAAGAUAAUGUUCAGGGUGAACAUGAAUUCAAUAGAACUCCACUGAAAUCAAGAACUAAUAGUAAUGAAAGCGCAGAUGAAGACAAUGCUUGUCCAAUUAGAAAGCUACAGUUUUUAAGAAACCAUCAUCCUACAUACAAACAACGAGCUUCAGUUGAGUCUCUUCCAUUUUCAAGUCGAGUUGAGUUUGAGACGAACCAAACAUCUCAUUUCAGGGGACCAACAUUCAUUUCGAAUGCAUCGAGAACUCGGAAACAAGACCGAAUUGAACUAUCGAGCAACAUGUAUGAUCUCAGAAAUCUUAAUAUUGGUCAUCACCAAUGCUCUUCACAUCCAUCGCCUAGCUCCUGCUGCCGUAGCUCUAAGUGUAGUUGUGCCUGUAAUAUCCACCAAUGCUUUUUAAUUGAAGAAGUUGAAAAGUUGAAGAUGAAAGACAAAAAGUAUCAGACAAGGCGCCAAUGCUUGCCAAUUUCCAAUGGUGCGCCAUUUGUGAUAUGCAGCCAAUGCUUUGAACUGCUUCGAUUGCCUAUGGACUUUUUCAUCUCGAAAAAGGGAUCAAAUAAACUUCAAUGUGGCUCUUGUUCAAAAAUCCUAGUACUGCAAUUUCCUGCUAAGGACUGCUCAAUAUCAAACAACUUUGCUGCUUCUAAAAGUUGUCCACAAGUGCUUCAAUCUUCUCAUUCUGCAGGCAAUGAAUCACUUAAACCAGAAAAUUCCUUGCGAGUAAGAAACUGUGAGCAAGAAUUACUUCCUCCGCUGCACCAACUCAUGGGGUACUUUUCAGCAACUGAGGUGCUAUAUCAGGUUACUGAUGUUGAUGAAGGAUAUGAAAGUUCAGAGCCAGCAAUGCCAGAUUCUUAUAGACGCUAUGAAGAAGAAAGGCACAAAAAUUUGCCUCUGCGGUAUUCAGAAGAUGAGGCUUAUUUUGAUUCUGUAAAAGUUGAAGAGGGAGAUUAUUCACCAAAGAUUUUGAACAAGAGAAAACAAUCACAUCCACGCAGCAUGAAGAGUGGAGUUAAGAGAACUUAGGCCCUGCAAAUUUGUGGCAAUGCCAGUCUGAUAUUGGUCAGUCUUUAAAAUUCGUGUUGAGUAUAUAUUGUUAAUUUCGAUAUAUAGAUUUUACUUACAUUUAAUUGAUUUAUGAUUCAUGCAUCCAGGAUAACCCAUGGCCCCUUCCCUUUUGUAGUUAUGGAAGUUCUAUAACUGCUCUUAUAUGUUGUAAUUUUUUGUUAUUACAUAAAGUGCCAAUUUUUUUUCA